AUGACUUUGCUGUGGGCUGAAGAAGUGGUUAUCACCAUGAUAAUCGCUACGACGGCAGGAUGCAGUCUAGCAUAUGGUGGUGUUUUUCCGGGUGUGGAUUAUAGGCUUAUUAUUGUGGGAGCAAUUCCUGUUGCGUUCGGGUUUCAAAUAAUUUACGAUUUUAUUAUUUUCCCGCGCAUGCUUAGUCCAUUACGACGUCUUCCCAAAGCAAAAGGUUAUCUGAACACAUUGAAAAUGCUAUUCGAAACACCUCGUGGGAAGUCCGCUCUUCACUGGCUACGGACCAUCCCGAACGACGGUCUUAUCAAUUUUGCCUACCUGCCAAAACAAACAUAUCUACUAGCUACGAACCACCAAGCUCUCCUGGAUAUAAUGAGCACACGAACAUAUGAUUUCGAAAAGCCUUGGCGAUUCCGUGACUUUUUAGCUCGUAUAAUUGGUUUUGGUCUUAUCUUGUCUGAGGGUGAUCCUCACAAGACUCAACGAAAAGCAGUCAAUCCAUCCUUCAAUAUAAAGAAUAUUCGAGCUUUGUAUAAUCUCAUGUGGGAGAAGACAGGCAUUUUCUUAAAGCAACUAGAGAAAGAAAUUAAGGAUAAUCCAGUUCGAACUCUCCAUGGACAAGGCACGAUGGGUAGAGUGGAGAUGACUGUUUGGGCUAGCCGUCUAACACUAGAUAUUAUUGGCCCAACCGCCAUGGGCCGAGACUUUCAGUCAUUAACCAGCGAAGAAAACAAAGUUGCGGACGUGUUUCUAAAUAUAUUGGAGCCUACAUGGGAAAAGCUUCUUUUCUUAUCAGUUAAUUUCGUAUUACCUCAGUGGCUAGCGGUCAGAAUACCGUGGCAUCUGAAUAAAGUGGUCAGCGAGGAUAUAGGGUACUUGCGAUCACUGUGCCAUGAAAUCGUCCAAGAGAAAAGAUUAGCUUUCAGAGGAAAGAAGCUCGAGGAAAAACAGUUGGAAACGGAUAUUUUGGGAACUUUGAUGCUCCGAGGAGAAUUUAGCGACAAUGACCUGGUAGAUCAGAUGCUAACUUUUCUAGCGGCUGGACACGAAACGACAGCCGGAGCUCUGACCAUGGCUUGCUGGAUGCUGUCUCUACAUCAAGGCAUUCAAACUAGGCUGCGGGAGGAGAUUCGAGCUCAUAUACCUUCAGGAGAUGGUCCGAUUACCUGGGAUGAGUUAGAAUCGUUACCUAUCCUCAACGGUGUUUGUCAGGAAAUUUUACGAUUAUGGCCUACUGUUCCAGCCACUAUUCGCGAGGCUGUACGGGAGACAGAGGUUGCCGGGAUGAAAAUCAGCAGGGGCACACGAAUUGUGCUAUGUCCUUACGCGAUAAACCGUAGUCCUCAUUUCUGGGGAGAAACGGCAGACCAGUUCAUACCAGAGCGCUGGAUUGACGUAGAUGAGAACGGAAAACAAUCAGUCAAUCAUCAUGGAGGUGCCUCAACAAAUUUUGCACAAAUCACGUUUUUGCACGGACAGCGCUCAUGUAUCGGGAAAGAUUUUUCUCGCGCAGAACUUCGAUGUGCUGUCGCCGGUGUAGUUGGUCGUUUUGCUAUGGAGAUGCAAGACCCAACAAGCGGGAUUACCUUAUCUGGAGCUGUAACAGUGAAGCCUAAAGAAGGCCUACAUUUGAAGAUGAUACAAGUGGAUGGUUGGUAAGUCUAGUCCUGAUGUCUUGAAAGGACUGGUACGUUUAACCAUGUGCG